GAAGAGGUGGAGAGAGAGAAAGAGAGAGAGAGAGUACAUCUGGAAGUUAUUUGGAACAAGAGAGAGAGGCAGGAAAAUAGCUGAUAGAAAAGAUAGAGGACCAAAGAGAACCAAGAAUUAGUCGUUACGAUUGAGGGGACAGAAAAACACUAACAAGCAAACAAAUACUUUUAUGUCCUUUGUGUUACCUACAAAAGAAUCUACAAGAGGAAUCCUGGAGAGAAAUGAAAGAGCCUAAAGGAAUUGAAAAACAAAGAAAGGGAAACACUGUGUGAGGAAUUUUGUAUCCCACAAAACUGAAGGACAAAUAUUUCAAGUUCACUUAAGUGUUUAUGGUUUUGUUGCACCUUAUGAAGAGUGAUCAACAGUCAGAAGAACUAGAGGAAUUCUAGAGCGGAGAACAGCCUAUGAAUAAAUAACGUAAGAUUUCAUCAGUACAAAAAGACAAUAUAGAAGCACUUUGGACAAAGUGAAAAUUGAACUCCUUGAAUUCCUGGAAGCCUUUCAAUUACCUGUCAGUCUCUUUUUGGUCUCCAUCUAAUUAAAGAAUGUCUGCAUCACGAGGUUGCCUCUGCUGUGUGAAGUACCUCAUGUUUAUCUUUAACCUCAUUUUCUGGCUGGGAGGGUGUGGCUUAUUUGGUGUUGGGGUGUGGCUCGCCUUCACACAAUCAGAGUUUUCAUCUCUUCCACUGUCCUUUCCUUCACUCUCUGCUGCCAACCUAUUGCUUGUUGCUGGAGGUGUUACCAUGGUGACAGGGUUUCUUGGAUGCCUUGGUGCUCUGAAAGAGCAGAGAUGUCUAUUGAUGACGUUUUUUGUAAUCCUCUUGUUCCUUGUUCUGACCGAAGUGACUCUGAUUGUGAUUUUGAGUGUCUAUCAUAAAGAGUUGGACAUGAAAGCAAAGGAUGACCUAAGAGAGGGAAUGAAAGACUAUAACAAAAAUGAAGGGCUGAAAAAAUCUUGGGACAACAUGCAGAGAAUUUUCAAGUGCUGUGGUGUGAGCAACCAUACUGACUGGCUCAACAAGACGUUCAAUGAUGAACUUCCUCACUCAUGCUGCAGAGAUAGUACUGGACCCUGCCAUCGAUGGGAAGAGCCAUGCUAUGAGAAGGCCAAGAACUGGCUCCUAGCAAACAUCACCUCAGUGCUGGGGUUUGGUAUCUGCAUUGGAAUUGUUCAGAUUCUUGCUUUGGUGUUCUCCAUGCUGAUGUACUGCCAAAUCUUACGAGCUGAAAAAUACAUGGACUGACCCUUCCUGUGUCCCAUUCUGCCAGUCGCUCUUUGUAACACAAUUAUAAAUAUGUAAUGAAUGUUUAACCGGACUGGAAAAAAAAAAGCCUAAUAGAGAUACUGGACAUGAUAUGCAUGUACACAUACAUUUCAAUGUUACCUGGGUAAAAUCGAAAUAAUUAAUGAGUUUUUAGAAAAAAGAAAAAAAAAAACGGAAUAUAUGAUUAAUACAGUGAAUGUUUACUGUAGGUAGAGAAUGUAAAUGUUAGUAUUACUGCACACUUUGUUAAAUUCCCUUAUAACAGCUUUAACUUGUGAUCAAGGUAAAUUUCCUAUAGCAGGAAAUAAUCAACUAGGCUAGGUGUUAAUAAAUGUUCAAGAAAUGCCAAUGACAAA